GUUUUGAGCCAGCUCUAGUUUUGUGAUUGUGUCAAAAUAAAAUACAGGGUUUUUUGUUGCAUUUGCAAUUAAAUCCGAUAAUAUCUGGCAUCAGGCGUGGAGUUAUGCGCGAGACGUCGUCGAAAGCGAGCAGCCAGCCGAGCGGCCACACGUGUAUGUGUUUCACUGGCGUUGGCAUUCGUUAUUAAUUCAAUCAGCCAGCCGCCAACAGCUGAGCGAGCGAAAGAGAAAUUGAGGGAGAGAGAAAGAGAGAUAGUUAACCGAUACAGGCCACUUCCACUUCCAACCGGAGCAGCGCAGUCGGCGGCGGCAGCAGCGCAGCAGCAGCGCAGUCGGCGUCACUUGAUUACCCCUCGCUGAUUCAGCAGCGCCGGCAAGAUUUCACUGGAUCUAAUGGCCAAGGACGAGGAGGAUGAUCUGCUGCCCGACAAGGAUGCGGCCAAGGGUUUCUAUGCCAAAUACGAGCCCAAGGAGAUUCUGGGCAGGGGCAUCAGUUCGACCGUCAGGCGCUGCAUCGAGAAGGAGACGGGCAAGGAGUUCGCCGCCAAGAUCAUCGACCUGGGCGCCACCACAGAGGCUGGCGAGACGAAUCCAUAUCACAUGCUCGAAGCAACCCGACAAGAAAUCUCAAUACUGCGCCAGGUCAUGGGGCAUCCCUACAUAAUUGAUCUGCAGGACGUGUUUGAGUCAGAUGCAUUUGUUUUCCUCGUAUUUGAGCUGUGUCCCAAGGGCGAGCUCUUCGACUAUCUGACCUCUGUAGUGACGCUGUCCGAAAAGAAGACGCGCACCAUUAUGCGUCAGAUCUUCGAGGGCGUCGAGUACAUACACGCCAAGAAUAUCGUACAUCGCGACCUCAAGCCCGAGAACAUCUUGCUCGACGAGAAUCACAACGUGAAGAUCACGGACUUUGGCUUCGCCAGGCAACUGCAGGAGGGCGAGAAACUUACAGAUCUGUGUGGAACGCCGGGCUAUUUGGCGCCGGAAACGCUUAAGUGCAACAUGUUUGAGGGAUCCCCCGGCUAUUCCCAGGAAGUGGACAUAUGGGCCUGUGGCGUGAUUAUGUUUACGCUGCUCGUCGGUUGUCCACCAUUUUGGCACCGCAAGCAGAUGGUAAUGCUGCGGAAUAUCAUGGAGGGCAAGUACAGCUUCACCUCGCCCGAGUGGGCUGAUAUUUCAGAGGAUCCCAAGGAUCUGAUACGCAAAUGUCUAGUCGUUGAUCCUGCGCAACGUAUCACCGUCACGGAAGUAUUAAGACAUCCAUUCUUCAACCAAAUGGUGCUUAUGGGUGACCGCCGGCAACCGCCCGCCCCGCCCAUCAGGUACCAGCACCAGCACCACCACCAGCACCUCCUUGCCCCCGAGGCCUCGUCAUCGUACCGCUUUGGGCGGCCGAACAGCAGCGCUGGCUACCUGUACUGUGCGCCACAGAGCUCCUACUCAUCGAACCGAAUGCGCAACGGUCCGCUGGAUGAUGCAGCUGCUGCCGCCUCCUCGAACUUGGACUUGGGCGCCACAUGCUCCUCCUCCUCCACCACCUCCACAUCCACAUCCACCUCCGUCUCAGCCUCCGCAUACAAAACACUAACGGCGACGGUCUACUAUCAGCAGCAACCGCAGCAGCAGCAGCAGCAACAGCAGCAGCAACAGCAGCAACUGCAAUCGCAGGAGCAGCAGCACCAGCAGCAAUAUCAGCAACAACAGACGACAACGCUGCCGGUGCAAUUGUUGCAUCCACAAUUGCAGCCAGGUGGCAAUGGCGAUAGCGGUGGCAAGCAAGCGGUGUAUGCUCCUACAGGUCCCACAGUGCAGCUGCGCAAACAGAGCCGCUUCAACGCGCGCAAAAAGUUCCAAUUCGCCAUACUCGUGAUACGGGCCGUCAUCCGGAUACGGCGCCUGCGCUACACCGCCGAGCCGCUGCACGUUGAGGAGGCCAUCCGGGAUCCGUAUCGCGUCAAGGUGCUGCGCAAGGUCAUCGAUGGCUGUGCCUUCCGUGUCUACGGGCACUGGGUCAAGAAGGGCGAGGGCCAGAACCGCGCCGCCCUCUUCGAGAAUACUCCACGCACCGAGCUGCACGCGCUCUACAUCAACAAUCUCAGCCGAUAGGAGGCGGCCGGGCGACGGGGCGUGGUCGCUGAGCUGCAUAAGCACAUAUAAAACACACAAAAAGAAUAAAAAACGAAACUCCAAAAAAAGAAAAUAUACACAAAAACAAACAAAAAGAAAAAGAAAAAGAAAAACCAAUCAAGCAACCAACAAACAAACGAAUUAGCUAAAGUUACUAAGAAAAACAGGAAAUUGCGAUUGCAAAAGGAGAGACACCAAAAAGGAUACUAGGCUACUAGCUACUAGCGAUUCGAAUUCGACUUCGAAUUCGCCUCGUUCUGCGUUUAUGGGUUUUUCGGCCGCAGACAAACUAGAGAGCACACACACACACACACACACACUCGCAGGUGUACAUAUGCAUAGUUAUACCUAUAACCUCUUCCUGUCUUUUUCGUCCUUGUGAUUUUUUUCUUAAAUAAUUUUUAUUGGAUUUAAUUUUGUUUUUGCUCUCCAUAUGCCAGCCAUCUAGGGUAAUCAGUUAGUGUAGUUAGUGCGACGGGCGACUGGCCAUACACCCAUGUACAGUGAUGAUGUAUUA